AGGUACUGCAGAUUGGAUAAAGGUGAGGAAGAUUGUUCAUGAGACUGAAGUAUGCACUGAAUGUGGUGAAAAUACUUUGUUGGAAAGAUCAGAGUUUCAAUGAAUGCUACUGCAUAUUGGAGAAAGAUCAGGAGAAUGGUUCAUAUGGCUUGAACAUUUGCUGAAAGUGCUGGAGACAAGAUGGCGAGUUUCUUGACUGAUUUGGUGAAGUCAUAUGUGGAGAAAUUAAUAAAUGGGGCGAUAGAAGAAUCAAGUUAUAUAUGUUGCUUCACGUGCAUUGCGAAGGAUUUUGAAGAAGAAAAGGCUAGGUUGGAAAAGGAAAGGUUAACUUUUAAGCAACGUGUUGAAGUGGCAACUAGAAGUGGAGAAGAUGUUCAAGCUAAUGCUCUUUUUUGGGAAGAAGAAGCUGAUACCCUCAUUCAAGAAGACACAAGAACAAAACAAAAAUGUUUUUUUGGAUUUUGUUCUCAUUGCAUAUGGCGAUAUAGAAGGGGGAAGCAACUGACAAAUAAGAAGGAGCAAAUGAAAAGAUUAAUUGAAACUGGAAAGCAACUUUCAAUUGAACUCCCUGCCCGUUAUCCAGAUGUUGAACGUUAUUCAUCCCAACACUAUUUUCAUUUUAAAAGCAGGGAAUUAAAAUACAGAAUGCUUUUGGAUGCAUUGAAAGAUGACAACAAUUAUAUAACUGGCUUGCAAGGGAUGGGGGGCACAGGAAAAACUACGUUGGCCAAAGAAGUUGGUAAGGAACUUAAGCAGUCCAAACAAUUUACUCAAAUCAUCGAUACAAUAGUGUCACUUUUUCCUGAUAUCAAAAAGAUUCAAGAUGAUAUUGCCAGAGCUUUGGGAUUGGAACUUGAUGACUGUAAUGAAUCAGACAGACCCAAAAUACUAUGGAGCAGAUUAACCAAUGGUGAGAAGAUUCUUCUAAUAUUGGAUGAUGUGUGGGGAAAUAUUGAUUUUAAUGAAAUUGGUAUUCCAUACAGUGACAAUCACAAAGGCUGUAGAAUUCUUAUAACCACGCGCAGUCUCUUAGUGUGCAAGAAAUUAGGAUGCAGUAAGACAUUCCAACUGGAGCUCUUAUCUGAUGAAGAGGCAUGGACCAUGUUCCAAAGGCAUGUUGGUCUAACAGAAAUUUCAACUAAAAGUUUGCUUGCCAAGGGCCGUAAAAUUGCAAAUGAAUGCAAAGGGUUACCAAUUGCAAUUGCUGUUAUCGCUAGUAGUUUGAAGGGAAUACAACAUCCAAAAGAGUGGGACGUGGCCUUAAAAUCCUCGCAGAAACAUAUGUCCAUGAACGAUGUUGUUGAUGAUGAUCUUGUUAAAAUUUAUGGAUGCUUUAAGUUUGGCUAUGAUUAUAUGAAAAAUGAGAAGGCCAAGAAACUAUUCCUCUUGUGUUCUAUAUUUCGAGAAGAUGAAGAAAUUUCUCUCGAAAGGCUAACUAGAUUCGGCAUUGGAGGAGGCCUUGUUGGGGAAGAUUAUGACAGCUACGAAGAUGCUCGAAGUCAAGUUAUUAGAUCCAAAAAUAAACUCCUAGAUUCUUGUUUAUUGUUGGAGACCGAUCAAUGCAGAGUGAAAAUGCAUGACUUGGUUCGUGAUGCAGCCCAAUGGAUAGCGAACAAAGAGAUUCAAACAAUGAGGUUGUAUAAUAAAAAUCAAAAGGCAAUGGUUGAAAGGGAAACCAAUAUUAAAUAUUUGUUAUGUGAAGGCAAGCCUAAGGAUGUGUUUUCCUUUAAGCUUGAUGGUUCCAAGCUUGAGAUUCUAAUUGUCAUUGUGCAUAAGGAUGGAGAUUGUCAGAAUGUGAAAAUCAAAGUCUCGAACUCAUUUUUUGAAAAUAUUAUGGACCUUAGAGUUUUUCAUUUAAUCCAUCAUCGAUAUUCUAAACUAGAUAUAUCAUUACCUCAUUCAAUUCAGUCGUUAAAGAAGAUUCGAUCGCUUCUCUUUACAGGUGUCAAUUUGGGUGAAAUCUCUAUUUUGGGAAACCUGCAAAGUCUUGAGACACUUGAUUUGGAUUAUUGUAACAUUGAUGAAUUGCCUCAUGAAAUCACAAAAUUAGAGAAAUUUCGAUUGUUGAACUUGGAAAGUUGUAGAAUUGAAAGGAAAAAUCCUUUUGAAGUGAUUGAAGGAUGCUCAUCACUUGAAGAGUUGUAUUUCAAAAGAAGCUUUAAUGAAUUUUGCAGAGAAAUAACUUUCCCUAAAUUGAAAAGGUUUAGUAUCAAUGCAAAUAAGCGUCCAUUGGAUGAAUCAUUAUCAAAGUGUGUGUCUGUUGCCUACAAUAAGGAUAUUUUCCUAUCUGAAACAACACUCAAGUACUGUAUGCAAGAAGCAGAGGUUAUUAGACUAAGAAGAAUCGAGGGGGGAUGGAGAAAUAUCAUACCUGAGAUGAUUCCUUUGAAACAUGGUAUGAAUGAUCUAGUUGAGCUUGAAUUGAGAUCCAUUUCACAAUUACAGUGCCUUAUUGACACUAAGCAUGUCAUCUCUCAAGUAUCAAAAGUCUUCUCCAAGUUGGUUGUACUAGAGCUCGAAGGAAUGGAUAAUUUGGAAGAAUUGUUCAAUGGUCCUCUUUCCUUUGACUCUCUGAACAGUUUAGAGGAUCUGUCCAUCAGUAAUUGCAAACAUUUGAAAAGCUUAUUUAAGUGCAAACUAAACCUAUUCAAUCUAAAGAGUGUGUCGUUGGAAGGAUGCCCGAUGUUGGUCUCCCUAUUUCAACUGUCAACUGCUGUUAGCCUAGUGUUGUUGGAGAGAUUGGAAAUAUAUGACUGUGAGGGUCUUGAAAACAUAAUAAUAGAUGAAUCGAGAGGUGAAAUAAUUGAUGAUAAUGACAGCACAAGUCAUGGCUCAAUGUUUAAGAAACUGAAAGUUCUUAGUAUUUAUAGUUGUCCAAGAAUUGAAUUAAUACUUCCGUUUCAAUCUUCUCAUGAUCUUCCAGCAUUAGAAUCCAUCACAAUUGAUAGUUGUGAUAAGCUGAAAUACAUAUUUGGCAAAGAUGUCAAACUUGGUUCCCUCAUAAAUAUGGAGCUUAGUGGUUUACCAAAAAUGAUUGACAUUUUCCCUAUAUGUUAUGGUGCCAUGACUUCACCCAUUAAGAGGUCAUCUUCCAUUUCUGGAGAUACUUCCAAGCCAGAAGAACAAUCAAAGCCAAUCAAAUGCAAUAUGUUUUCAUGGACUAAAUAUGGCCACAACAAAUUGAGGAGUACCACAAAUACUAAAGUUCCAUUGGUUUCUGAGGAUCAACAACAAGAGAACGUAAUAAUGGAAUCAGAUUCAUACUGUCUACCCAUAUGGGAACGUGCUCAAUGUCUUUCAAUACCAUCACAUAUCUUGUGCAAUAUUAAAGAGAUUACACUGAAUAAUAUUUCGAAGAUGAAAUCAGUAUUCAUCCUAUCUAUUGCUCCAAGAAUGUUGUUGGAAUCAUUGACAAUUAGUAAGUGUGAUGAAUUGAAGCAUAUUAUAAUAGACGUUGAUGAUCAUAACAACACUGGUGCCAAUAACUUGGUCUAUGUCUUCCCAAAAUUAAGAGAUAUCGAUGUUGAAGAUUGUGAGAAAUUGGAAUACAUAAUUGGACACUUCAAUGAUGAUCAUCAAAACCACACUCAGAUUCAUCUUCAACUUCCAGCAUUGGAAUUUCUCUAUCUUGAGAAUCUGCCAAGUUUAGUUGCCAAUUACCCCAAACAAUAUCACACAACAUUUCCACAAUUGGAAAUACUUGAAGUUGAAAAAUGCCCGCAGUUUAUUGGUGAUUUCAUAACUCAUCAUUCAGUAACAAGAUCUGUGGACGAUACAAUCAUCAAGGAAUCGGGUGGGAAUGUGGAACAUUUUCGCGCUUUAGAAAGUCUUAAGGAAAUAAAUGAACAACAAAUGAACUUAGCUUUGAAAAUUAUUGAAUUGCUUGUUCUGCCUAUGAUGACAUGCCUUUUUAUGGGUCCCAAAAAUUCGUUUUCCCUCCAAAACCUUACACACUUGAAAAUUAUAAAAUGUGAAAAAUUGAAAAUUGUUUUCUCCACUUCUAUAAUAAGGUGUCUACCACAGUUGAAUUAUAUGAGAAUUGAAGAGUGCAAUGAGUUGAAGCAUAUUAUUGAAGAUGAUUUGGAGAAUACAACAAAGACAUGCUUCCCAAAGCUAAGAAUACUUUUUGUAGAAAAGUGCAACAAGUUGAAAUAUGUGUUUCCAAUCUCCAUAUGUAAAGAGCUUCCUGAGCUAAAUGUUCUGACCAUAAGAGAAGCAGACGAGGUAGAGGAAAUAUUUGGAAGUGAAGGUGAUGAUCACAAAGUCGAGAUUCCAAAUCUAAAAUUUGUAGUAUUUGAAAAUCUACGAAGCCUCUGUCAUGAUCAGGGAAUUCAAUUUGAAGCUGUAAAACAUCGUCUCAUACUGAAUUGUCAAAAACUAUCUCUGACUUCAGCAUCAACAGCAGACUUCGAAAAUGAUAUUUCUGGUUUACGUUCGGUCUGGUUUGACGAGGAUUAUGAAUUGUACGUGGAUUUGAAGAAUCUAUUCAAGCAAUUACAUGAUGAGUCCAAAGGCCACGAUACUUGUAAUGAAUAUCCAAGUUCAGAAAUCACUGAAGUUCAAGCAUCCGGAAACGAGUUUACUUCUUCACAGAAAGAAAUGGAACAAACACUAGAGACAGAGCAUGAAUUUGUUGAAAAUGUCCCUCAUCAAGAGAUGCCAUCAGUAGCAAUAAAACCAACAAAUUCAAAAGAGGAGUUGAUGAAUGAACAAGAAAUGGAGCAAAAACGUCUACUUGGAGAAACUGAUGCUACCGUCAAACCUUCUCAAGAAAAUAAUUUGGAGGGUUCAACAUCAGAAAAAAAUGUAGCAUCAACUUUGUCCACCAUUUCAGAAACAACAAAGAAUGAGCUACCUAUACAAUUAGUUGAUUCAAAACAAAAGGGUAUUGAAAAAAGUGUUGAAGAUGGAAUCACAUCAGCUAAUGCCAAGACAAUAAAAUCAUCACCAGGCCAUUUAUCUACUUCAAAGGAGUUCAUGAAUGAACAACAGUCACUUGGAGCAAUUGAUACUACCAUCAAAUCUUCCCAGGGAAAUAAUUUGGAGGGCUCUACAUCAGAAAAAUUAGUAGGUGAAACUUUGUCCACCAUUUCAGGAACAAAAAAUGAGCCUCCUAUACAAUUAGUUUCUCCGGAACAAAAGGGUAUCGAGAAAAGUGUUGAAGAAGGAACUACAUCAACUUGUGAAAAAACAAUAACAUCGUCAACUCAUUUAGAAGUUGGUGACGGAAAAAUAUUUGUACCCUCCUUUUCAAUCGUCAAUACAAAGCCUGCUUCCACCAAAGAUGUCGAUAUUGAAGACUCUCAGGAAACUACUCAUGAGUUUUUUGAUUCAGCAAAAUUGAUAGAGGAAGACCCACUUCUUGCCCUUGAGACGCUUCUUACUGGAGUGCAAAGUUUUCCCGUUAGAACUUUACUUGAAGAAUUGAAGACUUUGAUGGACUCAUCAUCAGACCUUGACCAUCUUGUAUCUAACCAAGAGUCCAAAUCAAAAUGAUUUCUCUUUUUCAUGGAUUGAAUCAGCAUGAAGGACUCUUAGCUUCUGAUGUGAAAGAGUUUGUUGAGAAAGUGCAGAACUUCUUCAUCGAUAACAUUAUCAAACACACCAAUUUUCAACGGGUACUCAAGAAGCACAACCAACUUCUUGAUUCUAAAACUGAUCUCAUGAACAAGCUUUGGAGUGCAAAGAGUACACAAAACGACAUUGACAGUGAAUCUUCAACUGCCAAAUCUCAGAUACAUGAGCUCUCUUUACAAAUUGAUGAACUUAGAAAAAAGUUGGAAGAUCUUGAGAAACGAAGAGAUGAUUUGAAGUCAGAAGUGAACACAUGCGAUGUUCAGAAGAGCAAGUUGAAGGCUGAAUGCGCGGAGUGGGCACAACAAAGUAAAGAAUUACUUUCUGCACUCGCGUCAUCAGAGGUCGACCUAAGAGAAGCAGAACGUGUGAGAAAGUUGGCAAAAGAAGGCUUUGCAAAUUUAAAGUCUUUGUUUCCUACAUUUUAAGAAGAAACAAGAUAUCCCCAACACAAAAGUAGGCUAGGGAAUCAUGAUUAUAGUUUUUUUAAUGUCGUUUUGUUUAUAACAUACGCUUAGUGCUGCACUCUUUUUUCCUUCCCCUGGUUUUAUCCUACUGGGUUUUAUAGGUAAGGUUUUUAAUGAGGCAGUUGUAUCCCAAUGUUAUUUCUUUGUUUAUUGAUAGACCUUGUCCCCCAAGUGUAUUUUCUUUUUAA